AAGUAUAUUAUACUUCUACUAGGAUAGUAAAUGGGAUUUUUCCAGAAAUAGCACUGUUUAAAAAAAAUUUCCAAAAAUAGCACCUAAGUCCGAAAAAUUUCAAAAAUAGCACCAUUUUCCAAAAACCGCUCCGUAUCAGUGCAGUUUAGGCAAAAAACCGCCACCCAGGGGCGCGUUUUUCGAUAAAAACCGCACCCCUAGGGGGCGGUUUUGCCGAUCGCACCCCCACCAUGCGGUUAGGUUGCAGACCGCACCCCCACCAUGCGGUUUGGUUGCAGAUCGCACCCCCACCAUGCGAUCUGCUUUUUUUUUUUUUUUUGAAAAUCCUAACCUAGGUGGAAACUUCAAACGGACGUAUCUUUGUGUUCGGGUAUCAGAUCGUCGCGAUUUUUUUUUAUUCUGCAUAACUUUUUGAGAUCUUGCAAGCCGAAGACUGCCGAAGGUGGUUUGAUCUCGCCUUCGUCCCAAAAAAUGUCGUUUGCUACCCCGCACGAGCUUAUUUCCGAUUUCGUCAAACUUUGGACAACCAUAACUUUGUGCUCCAAAAUCCAAACGACAUGAAUUUUUUUUAUUUCGCAUAAAUUUUUAAGGAAUACAACUUUUAUCAUAGACAUAAUUUCAAAAUGUACGUGGAUUGCUGAGAAGGGAAGGUAAGUUAUUCCCAAAAUCUUGUAUAUCCAAAAUAAUUCCUGUUUUGAAAAUUCAUUCUAGUAAAAAUUGUAGUCCUUAAAAAGUUAUGCGAAAUAAAAAAAAAUUCAUGUCGUUUGGAUUUUUUGGAGCACAAGGCGGGACCAAACCACAUUCGGCAGUCUUCGGCUUGCAAGAUCUCAAAAAGUUAUGCGGAAUCAAAAAAAAAUUCGCGACGAUCGGAUACCCGAACACAAAGAUACGUCUGUUUGAAGUUUCCACGUAGGUUAGGAUUUUUCGAAAAAAAAAAGCAGAUCGCAUUGUGGGGUGCGAUCUGCAACCAAACCGCAUGGUGGGGGUGCGGUCUGCAACCAAACCGCAUGGUGGGGGUGCGAUCUGCAAAACCGCGCCCCUGGGUGGCGGUUUUUGCCUAAACCGCACUGGUAAGAAGCGAUUUUUGGGAAAGGGUGCUAUUUUUGGAAUUUUUCGGACUUAGGUGCUAUUUUUGGGGGAAAAAAAUAAACAGUGCUAUUUUUGGAAAAAAAAAUUAAACAGUGCUAUUUCUGGAAAAAUCUCAUAGUAAAUUGGCAUUUAUAGGCCAUGAGUUAACCAAAGUUUGGGUUAUAUAUUAUAACCUAACUUCUAAUAGGUAAACCGUACAUACAUUCUCAAAAUCCAACCCAAAGAUGAAGUAUACUAUACUUCUGAAGUAUACCGGUAUUUACUAUGUAUAAGUAAUUAAUCUCUUUCCUAAACAAAGGAGCAAAGUGUAACGGAUCUACUUAAGACUUUAUUUUAUGUGUGCAAUGCACUAAUAAGAUCAAUGGAUAACCCUAAACCCAAAAGCACACCAAAAAAUCAAAGGAUAAGCAAAAAAGAAAAAGGGGGGAAAGCAGAAAAAGGAAGAGAGCAUCCCCUUCCAUGGGGCUGCAACAAAAGACCACCUAAAUAAUGAGGGGAUCCCAAAGCAAAGACUCUUCUGUGAAUUCAUCCUUCAACUACAUAAAAUAGGGGCAAAAUUAUUGUUAGAGAAAUACACCACUCUUUGGUUACGAUUUCCUACCAAAGGUGAAAAGCACGAUUCUAUUAAUAAGCGUUUUGGUAACUUUGAAAUGUAAAAGCGCAACUUUUUAUAUAAAUUUUAAAGCGCAAUUUUAACAGUAGGGGCGACUGGCGAUGAUAAGUUGCUUUGUCUACAAAGAGGAUUUGUGGAGGGAUAUGUUGUAAACCAGUAACGUGAGUGGUUUAGAAGCGAUCUUCUCAUUCUUCUCUUUUUUCUGUGGUUUUCUUUUUCUUUUUCUCGUUCUUGACUUGGUAAUUGGUAUAGUGUGCGUUCCAUUCCAUAUCCAAAAGGACAACAAAGCACAACGUUAGGCCAGGCAAUUGUUUUCUUCUGAAAAUAUUGAAUGUCAUUUCAACGUUCCGUUUCUUUUCCACCUUCCGAAACCAAUAUUUUUCUAAGAAAUUAAUUUCUAAUGUACAUGUACGUAUAUAUAUACCCCUUUAAUUUGUUUAUCUUGCCAGUUGCCAAUGGACGUGUAUAUGAUAUUGCAAACAAUGUUCGCCGCUAGCAUGAGAGAGAAUGGGCAAGGUUUCUCCUAGCACCGUUAGUAAAAGUGUCGGUUUCUACCAAAAAAAAAAAAAAAAAGUAAAAGUGUCGGUGAAUUGAUUUCGUCAACCCACGCCCCCACCGUUCCAACCUAACUCGUCUCUCCCUCCCUGUUCUCAAAUUUCCAUUUCAUUUUAUUUAAUUGUAAGCUGUAACUCUAACUUGGCAAAUGCUGGAUGUUUCCAAGUAACAGUGUGCAAGAAGGCUAGGAUUUGUGCUUGGUGGCGGUUUGUAUCCUUUUAUGUGUUUUUGUCACUGCAUUCAUAGGAAUUUUGAUAUUGUGAUCUUCUUUUUUGUUUAGCUAUCAACCACAGCAUUUGCUUAUUUCAUUUACUUCACAAUUGUAAGCAUACUGCAUUGUAUACCUGCCUAUGACAAAAAAAAAAACUAAAGAAAGGAGAAACCUAAAAAGCCUUGGAGAUCCAACUCUAUCACAGAUAAACUUUUUUAUAGAUGAUUUAUUUUUCUACUUACUCAUGUGCACUUUAAAUGGUAUUCAAAUCAUGCGAUUAGAAUCGUCAAACUGUCUUUUUUGUCAUAUAGCUAUGGAAAGCUAUAUGGACUAUGAAAGUACCUCCAAAAGUUCGACAUUUUAUAUGGAGUUUCACUCGGGAGAUCUUGCCGACGGGGUGAAAGUGAUUGUGAAAAUCCCGAGGUGGAGCAACAAAUGCCCAUUUUGCAACCAGAAGGAGUCGCAACAUCACCUCUUCCUUGAGUGUAGCUGGAGUUGCGGAGUGUGGACGGGGACGCCAUGGGGGAAGGCUUUUACCAUACAUGGGGCGCCGGAUUGUAUGCUUUGGGUCAAGGAGGUAUUAAAGAAUGAGAACUCCGACAUAGUGGAACACUGGGCCAUAUGAUCCUAUGGGCGAUCUGGAAAGAGCGGAGUGCACAGUUAUUCAACGGAGCUAACUGGCCUGAAAACAAGAUUGUACAGCGAGCAACUUCCCUCCUGGAGGAAUAUUGAAAGAACCAAGGGCCGGAGGAUGCUCCCAGUGAAGCGCAGCAAUUGGAUUGGUGGUAGCGGCCUGCGGAGGGACGAGUUAAGGUGAAUACUGAUGUGGGUAUGGUCCCCGAUGAGGGGUAUGUCUUGGAGUUGUCUUUAGGGACCACACGGGGAGGUUUGUCGCGACGACGACAAAAAAAAGAUGAGAGGGCCCUGUGAUAUGGAAAUGGCGGAGGCAUUAGCUGCGGAGUUAGGAGUCCAAAUUCAAACCAACUUGGUUUUCAACAUGCACAUUUGGAGGUUGACCGCUUGACCCUUGUUGAGAAACUUCUGCGUGCCCAAGAAGUACAAGCCGAGAUUGGCGUCAUAUGCAGACAAGUCUUGAGCCUCUUAAAUGAGGCGGGAUCGGGGUUCGAUAGCAUUUCUCAUGUACGGCGUAUCGCUAACAACGCGGCGCAUAUUAUAGCUCAUAGUGAGACCCAGUGGUAUUGUAGAGAAGUGUGGUUAGAUAGACCACCGAUUUUCCUUAUCGAUCAGCUACGGCUGGAUGAUGUAACCUUAUCUUCUUAUUAAUAUACACACUGGUUACCCGUAAAAAAAAAGGAUAAACCAGAUAACAACGAGGCAGGACGGGACAUGAUACCCUACGGAUUUGUGAAACUCAUUUCCCACCUCCUUGUCGUCCAUUAUCCUCUUCCUCAUCCUACAGUUGUAAAUACAGAAAGGGUGUUUUUUGAACUUUGUUUAUAAAUUGUAAAAGGAAAGAAAAUGGAAUAAUUAAUAUAAUUGCAUGUGAAGGGUUCUUUAGUGUGAUUGAUGGGUUUGAUUACCACUAACCAUAAACAACCCCCACCCCACCCCAUCAUCUUCAUGGUGAAACUUAGGGGUGGGAAAUGUUGUGUCCGGACCAGACCAUACCAUAAACACGAUGUAUAGUCCAGAUCGAGAGGCCAAAACACAAACAAUGGACCAGAUCAUAUACUAUACGGUCAAGACCAUACCACAACUGUGUGUGCGGUCCAGUACGGUCUGGAUUAGGCAGACCAUGUUAAAAAGAAUUCACUCUUAUUACGCCCUCCAACCCUUCGUCGGUAUCUAUAAAAAUAAAUAUUCCAGUGACCAAUAUGCUAGUGAAACAAAAAUUUAGUGAUCAUAAUUAAAAUGAGAAGAAGUAUGUGAGGAGAGAAAUGUGGUUUUUCAAUUUUUAAACUCUCUCUCCAGUCUCCAUUAAAAAAGACACACAUCAAUAGUCUUGUUUCCCUCUUCUUCUUUGUGCUACCUCUUCUCUCCCUCUCUCAGGUGAUCCGAAGGUUCUCGUGGUCUACACCUUCGUGAUGACCUCGAGAUCGUUUUGAACCACUAAGAUGGCCGCUUAUUUCUCAGUAAUUUUCCUUAUCUCAUCAAAGUGAAUGAAAUUUGUCUAGUGUU